UUGUCGCAAAACUCUGACAUUCGGCGUAUUGUUUUGCAGCAGUAUGAUGUAUGCGUGACGUUUUUGACAGCUCGAAUCUGAUUGGUCGUUGCGGUUUGAAGCCUAGGAGAUGAUGUUCAUGGCUACCUGACUGUAUUUGUACUCUAAUGGAGAUCUGAAGUGGAUGUGAAUAUGGAUGCAGAAAGCAAAGGCUCUUUCAAAUCUACAAGACAUUAAUGAACGGGACACAGGAGCGUCUGAGCCCCGUACUGCGAGAUGUGACAGGAUGCUGAACCAUCACUGCAGAAGGAACCCAGAGUUACAGGAGGAGCUGCAGAUCCAGGCGGCGGUGGCGGCCGGCGAUGUCUACACCGUCCGCAAGAUGCUGGAGCAGGGCUACUCGCCCAAGAUCAGAGACGCCAACGGCUGGACGCUGCUGCACUUCUCUGCGGCAAAGGGCAAAGAGCGCUGCGUGCGCGUGUUCCUCGAACACGGAGCGGAUCCCACGGUGAAGGAUUUCAUCGGCGGCUUCACAGCUCUGCAUUACGCCGCCAUGCACGGCCGCGCCCGCAUCGCUCGCCUCAUGCUGGAGUCCGAGUACCGCAGCGACAUCAUCAACGCCAAGAGCAACGACGGCUGGACCCCUCUGCACGUGGCGGCCCACUACGGCCGCGACUCCUUCGUGCGUCUCCUCUUAGAGUUCAAAGCCGAGGUGGACCCGCUCAGCGACAAAGGCACGACGCCGCUCCAGCUGGCCAUCAUCCGCGAACGCUCCAGCUGCGUGCGCAUCCUCCUCGACCACAAUGCCAACAUAGACAUUCAGAAUGGCUUCUUGUUGCGUUACGCCGUCAUUAAGGGCAACCACUCGUAUUGCCGCAUGUUCCUGCAGCGGGGAGCGGACACUAACCUGGGCCGACUGGAAGACGGUCAGACGCCGCUGCACCUGUCGGCCCUCAGAGACGAUGUGCUGUGUGCACAGAUGCUGUACACGUACGGAGCCGAUACGAACACGAGGAACUACGAGGGCCAGACGCCCGUGGCUGUUUCCGUCAGCAUGUCUGGCAUCAGUCGGCCCUGUCUGGACUUCCUGCAGGAGGUCACAAGGCAGCCCAGAACUUUGCAGGAUAUGUGCAGGAUAAAGAUCCGCCAGUGCAUCGGCCUGCAGAGCCUGAAGUUUCUGGAGGAUCUGCCCAUCGCCAAGGUCAUGAAGGACUACCUAAAACACAAGUUCGACAAUGUUUGACCACAGCCGACCGACUCGUUUCUGUAGGUUCCCUUAAGACUCUAUGCAAACUCUCUUUUUGAUUUCUACUCGAAACCUCUGGGAGCAGGUGCAGCGUUUUGUACGAUGCUUAUUUACGGAGCAACGACUGUGGAUCGGGAGCACUGUAACGGCCACGUUGAUUCGUGUCACGGAGAAAUUCCUGACCCGUGAGAGAAGGAAAAACGCAGACGUUUGAUUUGUACCAAAUAUCUUUUUUUGCUCUUAAAUCAACAUGGCCUUUGUAAGUAUUUGACGUUUUUUAUCAGCUACAUUCUCAGAUAAGAAAAAGAUAAAAGCUAAGCUAUCCAGAGAAAUUGGCAAAUAUUCAGGUCACCCUUAUGAAAAAAUAUGCAUGUGCUAUUGUCAUUUUUUUCCUGUGAAGAAAUCAUUUCAUCAAUUAAUUUCUACCAGAUUGUAACAAAAAAAAAAAAAGGCCACAGGCUCUUUUUUUUUUUCUUCUUUUUUUUUUUUUUUUUUCAGAACAAUUCUCAUUUAAUUUAAUUUUUUACAAUUAUUAUUUACAAGUUGUCAGUAUCAGAGGUGCUCGGCUUUAGUUUGCAUUAAAAGGUAAAGUCCUAGUCGCGAGAGGUCUACAUAGGUGUAUUACGUGAAUAAAUCAUUAACGAACUUUAUGUAAAUAAUUGUGUCAUAUGUACAGCAGAUAUUUUUAGACUAUUUAAGCCACAAGCUUGUGUUAUGGAAGUGUUUUGGGGGUUUUGUCGAGUGCUUCUGUGUUUUACAUGUGACCUGUCAAGGGCUCUGAUGUGGGAACGUCUGGAUUUGUUAUUAAAUGAAAAAUUAGUGAUGCUUAAUUGUAAUUGGCCAUUGUUUUCUUGUUAUUAUGCACAUGAAAAAUCAGUAAUUUAAUAUUUUUCAUGAUUUUUUUUUUAAUAUAUAAUGAUUUGAAAUGCACUUAAUGUUUUUUUUUCUACAAAAUAUAAGCAUUAGUCAACUCUCUGCAUAGCAUUAAGCUUUUCAGUCAAAUCGCAACUUUGUUUUUGGUUCUUCCCCCUAAAAUCUCAGUCAAGGUGAGACCGCUUUGCUCUCGCUCGCUGUUACUCAAGACUAUUUUACCCGAACCGGUUUGAACACUAGCUGCCUUUCCUUCAGUCCGUGACGCAGUACAGCUACAGCAUUUCACCUCAUGAUGAACACAGUUCAAGUGCAUUAAAGUGACCUGCCACCGCAUUUAAAUUAUUUCUCUUUUUUUAGUUAAGUUUAGGGCGUUUGUUGGGACUGAAAGCGUCUGUGGAUGACUGCUUGCUACCAUAAUGUAUUCAGAACCAGGUGUGGAGGACUGAUGUGAGAGCCAGGGAAUGUUUUACGGGAUUUGUCUUUGCUGAUCGGAAGUCUUCCACAACUUCAACUACUGAAUGUAUAUAAUCUGCUGUUUCACAUGUACAUGUGUGUGAAUAAAUGGAUCUCAUAAUGUCCCCGUUUGUUAUUUUUCAAAGUCUUAUUGCUGUACUUUGAAGCAGUAAUUGUGCCGUGUUCAUCGAUUUGCAUCCAUUUUUCUAGAGUUUGAUGACUUUCUAAUAAAAUGUCUGCGAAAAAUGA